GUGGUCUCUUCCUCCGGCUAGUGCUGCUGCAGCGUCCCGCGGCCUCCCCGAGAGUCGGGCGGGAGGGGAAAGCGGGCGUGGACUGGUCUUGACGAGAACUAAGAUUCCAGAUGGCAAAUUCUAUGAAUGGCAGAAACCCUGGUGGUCGAGGAGGAAACCCCCGAAAAGGACGAAUUUUGGGUAUUAUUGAUGCUAUUCAAGAUGCAGUUGGACCCCCUAAGCAAGCAGCAGCAGAUCGCAGGACUGUGGAGAAAACUUGGAAACUCAUGGACAAAGUGGUCAGACUGUGCCAAAAUCCCAAACUUCAGUUGAAGAAUAGCCCACCAUAUAUACUUGAUAUUUUACCUGAUACGUAUCAGCAUUUGAGACUUAUAUUGAGUAAAUAUGACGACAACCAGAAACUUGCCCAACUCAGUGAGAAUGAAUAUUUUAAAAUCUACAUUGAUAGUCUAAUGAAAAAGUCAAAAAGAGCAAUAAGACUCUUUAAAGAAGGCAAGGAGAGGAUGUACGAAGAGCAGUCACAGGACAGACGAAAUCUUACAAAACUAUCCCUUAUCUUCAGUCACAUGUUGGCAGAAAUCAAAGCAAUCUUUCCCAAUGGGCAAUUCCAGGGAGAUAACUUUCGUAUCACGAAAGCAGAUGCUGCUGAAUUCUGGAGAAAGUUUUUUGGAGACAAAACUAUCGUACCAUGGAAAGUAUUCAGACAGUGCCUUCAUGAGGUCCAUCAGAUUAGCUCUGGCCUGGAAGCAAUGGCUCUAAAAUCAACAAUUGAUUUAACUUGUAAUGAUUACAUUUCAGUUUUUGAAUUUGAUAUUUUUACCCGGCUAUUUCAGCCUUGGGGCUCUAUUUUACGGAAUUGGAAUUUCUUAGCUGUAACACAUCCAGGUUACAUGGCAUUUCUCACGUAUGACGAAGUAAAAGCACGGCUACAGAAAUACAGCACUAAACCCGGAAGCUACAUUUUCCGGUUAAGCUGCACUAGGUUGGGACAGUGGGCCAUCGGCUAUGUGACAGGGGAUGGAAAUAUCUUACAGACCAUACCGCACAACAAGCCCUUAUUUCAAGCCCUGAUCGACGGCAGCAGGGAAGGAUUCUAUCUUUAUCCUGAUGGGAGGAGUUAUAAUCCUGAUUUAACUGGAUUAUGUGAACCUACACCCCAUGAUCAUAUAAAAGUUACACAGGAACAGUAUGAAUUAUAUUGUGAAAUGGGUUCCACUUUUCAGCUCUGUAAAAUUUGUGCUGAGAACGACAAAGAUGUCAAGAUUGAGCCUUGUGGGCAUUUGAUGUGUACCUCUUGCCUUACAGCCUGGCAGGAGUCAGAUGGCCAGGGCUGCCCCUUCUGUCGCUGCGAAAUAAAAGGAACGGAGCCCAUAAUCGUGGACCCCUUUGAUCCAAGAGAUGAAGGUUCCAGGUGCUGUAGCAUCAUCGACCCCUUCGGAAUGCCGAUGCUGGACUUGGAUGACGACGAUGACCGAGAGGAGUCCUUGAUGAUGAAUCGGUUGGCAAAUGUUCGAAAGUGCACCGACAGGCAGAAUUCCCCAGUCACAUCACCGGGAUCCUCUCCCCUUGCACAGCGAAGAAAGCCACAUCCAGACCCUCUCCAGAUCCCACAUUUAAGCCUGCCACCAGUGCCUCCUCGCCUGGAUCUAAUUCAGAAAGGCGUAGUUCGGUCUCCCUGUGGCAGCCCAACUGGUUCACCAAAGUCUUCUCCUUGCAUGGUGAGAAAACAAGACAAACCACUCCCAGCACCACCGCCUCCCUUAAGAGACCCUCCUCCUCCUCCACCUGAGAGACCUCCCCCAAUCCCCCCUGACAAUAGACUGAGUCGUCACUUCCUUCACAUGGAAAGUGUGCCUUCCAGAGACCAGCCGAUGCCUCUGGAAGCCUGGUGCCCUCGGGAUGUGCUUGGGACUAAUCAGUCAGUGGGAUGUCGCCUCCUAGGGGAUGCCUCUCCAAAGCCUGGAAUCACAGCGAGUUCAAAUGUAAAUGGAAGGCACAGUAGAAUGGGCUCUGACCCAGUGCUUAUGCGGAAACACAGACGCCAUGAUUUGCCUUUAGAAGGAGCCAAGGUCUUUUCCAAUGGUCACCUGGGAAGUGAAGAAUAUGAUGUUCCUCCCCGGCUUUCUCCUCCCCCUCCAGCUGCCACCCUUCUCCCCAGCAUCAAGUGUACUGGUCCAUUAGCAAAUUCCCUUUCAGAGAAAACAAGAGACCCAGUAGAGGAAGAUGACGAUGAAUACAAGAUUCCUUCAUCCCAUCCUGUUUCCCUGAAUUCACAACCAUCUCAUUGUCAUAAUGUAAAACCUCCUCCUAGGUCUUGUGAUAAUGGUCACUGUAUAUUGAAUGGAACACACGGUACGUCUUCAGAGAUGAAGAAAUCAAACAUCCCUGAGUUAGGCAUAUAUUUAAAGGGAGAUGUUUUUGAUUCAUCCUCUGAUCCAGUGCCAUUACCACCUGCCAGGCCUCCAACUCGGGACAAUCCAAAGCAUGGUUCUUCACUCAACAGGACGCCCUCUGAUUAUGAUCUUCUCAUCCCUCCAUUAGGUGAAGAUGCUUUCGAUGCCCUCCCCCCAUCCCUCCCACCUCCCCCACCUCCAGCAAGGCAUAGUCUCAUCGAACAUUCAAAACCUCCUGGCUCCAGUAGCCGACCAUCCUCAGGACAGGACCUUUUCCUCCUUCCUUCAGAUCCCUUCUUUGAUCCAGCAAGUGGCCAGGUUCCUUUGCCUCCUGCUAGGAGAUUACCAGGUGAAAAUGUCAAAUCCAACAGAACAUCACAGGACUAUGAUCAGCUUCCUUCAUCUUCAGAUGGUUCACAAGCACCAGCCAGACCUCCUAAACCACGACCCCGCAGGACUGCUCCAGAAAUUCACCACAGAAAACCCCACGGGCCUGAAGCAGCAUUGGAAAAUGUCGAUGCAAAAAUUGCAAAACUCAUGGGAGAGGGUUAUGCCUUUGAAGAAGUUAAGAGAGCCUUAGAGAUAGCCCAGAAUAAUGUCGAAGUGGCCCGUAGCAUCCUCCGAGAAUUUGCCUUUCCCCCUCCCGUCUCCCCACGUCUAAAUCUAUAGCAGCCAGGACUGUAAACACCAGAACACAAAGCAAUUGCUGAAUAUUCCAGAUGUGUGGAAAGGAGAAAAGUGAGAUGGAAUUCAAGAGAGAAUGUCUCCUCCUCACGUGGCAUCUUGAGAAGAGAAAGGCUCCGAAGUGCUGCUUCUCAGAAGACAGCUUCUUGCUCAGGAUGCCAAUGGCCACGGCUUCCUUAUUUUUGCUAGCCAUACUUUUAAAUCAGGGUUGAACUGACAAAAAUAAUUUAAAGACGUUUACUUCCCUUGAACUUUGAAUCUGUGAAAUGCUUUUCCUUGUUUACAAGUUGGCAAAGUUGCAGUUUGUUUUUUAGUUUUGUUUGGGGACUUUUUUGAUACCUGUACUGUGUUCUUGAUAGACCCUCUGUACAGUGGUCAGGUCUGCUGUAACAUUUUCUACCAACUCCCUUGCUGUCUGCGUCAACAGCUAAGUCACAUAUUCAUUGUAAUCGCUCCCAUCCCACCCCCACCCCAAACCCAGGUCCAGUUCCAUUUCUCCCAUUUACAAGAUGCUUUAAAGGUUCUGAUUUUCAACGUAUCAAAUUAAUGCAAAAAAAGUGUGUGGCCUUCACUACUGAGUCUUUUCUUUGGAAACCAUCACUGUUGAGAGAUCGGGAAAAUCUGAAUGUAUAAAGCAUUUUUUGGUCAAUGAAUGCCUUUUAUAAGGAGUUUUCAUAUA